AGGGUAGGAUCAGUCAGUCGCUGUCUUUUAUGCAGCAUCGUUAUGCGCGGUGGUGGAGGCGGAGCUCUGACUCUGAAAUUGGCCGAAAUGUCAGCUCUGCAUCUCGGAUUAGUAAAGACACUGACAGUUGUGUAGUUGGCGCCCGUGCCGUGCUCUGUGAGGCGUUCAAAAUCACGAUAACAGUAACCCAGUUCCGAAUUCUCGUAUCUUAUUGUACACAUAUUACCGUAGGACGUAUGCUCGUAUCUACAAGCAUAUAUUUGAAACGUAGCGCGAAAUCAAUCCUCGUCAAUCAGUGAGUGGCAUGUGAGCGAAAUAAUGAAGUUUUUCCAAUUUUUUACCUUGUGAUUCUAACGGGCCAAUCAAAGCGUUUACUGACAAAAAAAAAAUUUAUUCAUGGUACCGUCAUUUGUACAACGACGUCGUCUUUCUUCUGCAGUGCGAAUAAAUCAAAGGAAUACGAGGGAAUACAAGCCAUACGAAGGUUUUCGAAUAGUAAAGACUAACUACUGGGAAGUGAAUUGGAAAUCAGCCCUUCUACGCACUCUGAAAAUAUUUCUUCGUCAUUCAUAAGAUGAUACGAAGAUAAGAAAGAAAUUUGUGGCGAAAAUUAUCGAAUAGUUUAAAUUAAAGUUUUCUACCCUUGUUUCACCGAGAGUAGUUUCUUUUCUUCGGAUCGAUGUCUGUUCCUCAUGUAUACGCGUCAAAUUUCGAGUUGAUUUUAUACAAUUUCAAUUUCAUAUAGAUUUCAAUAUUCAUUAGCUAGUUAAAUGGAGCUGAGGAAAACCUCUACAAAGAAGGCAACAGCGCUGGCAGGAACAGAUGUAAACUUUCGCAAAAAUAUACAUUUCUGAAAGUGAAAUUGUUUUCAAAUUAUACGAUUAUAGCAUUAACGUCAGAAUGCUAAUUAAAUUCUCGCAUUAUCUGUACAUACGUUGAGUAAAUAAUAUAGCUUGCCGGGACUUGAAUUGAUAAGUGAUAAAAUACAGUUAUCGUGUCGUUUAUACAAAUUCAGUAAAAAAAUGAUACGAAAUAAAAGGAACUUGUGAUACGAAUAAAGUAAGUUAGAAAUAUAUCGAAAACCAGUAUAAAUAAUGUAUCUAGGCGUAGGAAACGUAAGGAACGAUUUAAAAGUUGAAAACAAUUAGACGAGACGAUUCGUACGGUUGGAGCCAAAAAUAUAAUAAAAAUUAGAAAAAAAAAAAACUAAAAACACUAAAAAAAAAAAAAGACAACAAUGACCAUGCUGGGAAUAAUACGGCGCAACUGGGCGCUGAGACUCUCGGUGGUUAUGAACGUUUUCGUGCUCCUCUACGUCUGCGUGCACAUCGGAUCGUUAGGGCCGUGGAUCGAGGAGGCGCCGACGAGUUGGGCCCAACCCUUGGUCGAGGUGUCCAAGGCGACGGAGCUGUCGGCGACCGCGAGUUUACCGGAGGGUUCAAAGGCGGGGUCGACGAGGGAGACGGGAAUCGGUUCGAUCCAAGAUGGUAAGAGCGCUGCAUCAUCCGCGGCGACGAAGGAAACGGCGGCUCUGACAAUGAGGGAUAAAACGGGGAAGGAUAACGAGGAAGUGCAGGGAGGUAAAAGCGGAAACGCUACGACGACUCAAAAGCAGCAGGAGUCCGUCAGCACGACGAUGGGAUCGAUGACGCUGGAGGAGGCGAUACCCUGUAACGACAGGUCGACGACGCCGAAAACGGCACUGAGGGGCGACUACUGGGUACUUUACAAUUACGUCCCGAUGUCCACGAAGGUGAGGUGCUGGGAAAGCGUGACCUACACGACCCACGCCGAUUACACCUUUCUCGACAACCUCGAGCCACUGCUGGAGAGGUGGCAGGCCCCCGUUUCCGUAGCGCUUUACGCACCUGGCACAGACUUUCAACCCACGGUCGACACCAUAAAGUACCUAAGGAUAUGCGGAAGUCCCCUGGUUUCCCAGCUCGUCACCUUCCACGUAUUCUUCAGCACCAAACAUAUACCGAAAACUGUACCUUCGUCGAGCAAGGUGCUCUCCGAAGGUUGGAAUUGCACGCUGCCUCCACCUUGGGCGAACGUGACUGUUUCCAAGAUGUAUAAAUCUGAGAAGAAGCUUUUGUAUCCCGUCAAUGUGGGAAGAAACAUUGCGAGGGAAUGGGCUCCAACGCAUUACGUCUUGCCAAGCGAUAUAGAACUCUAUCCGAGUCCAGAUCUGGCGUCGCGAUUCCUUGAGAUGAUCAGGCGGAGAGAUCAGCAGCCUCUUUACAAGCCUAAUCCCAAAGUCUUUCCACUCUCUAUAUUUGAAGUCAGUGCUGACAGCCAAGUACCGCGGAACAAAACUCAGCUGCAAAAAAUGUUGAAAGCAAAAACGGCGAUACCGUUCCACAAAAAGGUUUGCUCCGGCUGUCACAAUGUACCUCGAAGCAAGGAGUGGCAAGAGGCCCCAGAAACUGAGGGACUGCACGUCUUUCACGUCGGGAAACGAACCGGAGCGUUCGUUCACUGGGAGCCAAUCUUUAUCGGGACAAACAACGACCCUCUCUACGACGAAAGGCUCAGUUGGGAGGGGAAAAGUGAUAAAAUGACACAGGGUUACACUCUCUGCGUACUGGACUACGAUUUUUUAAUUUUGGACAAUGCUUUCCUUGUUCAUAAGCCCGGGAUAAAAACCUUCAAGAAAGAUCCUGUCAGGGAUAUGCUUACUGGAAAAACGAAUGCAUUGAUCAAGAAAAUCAUCAUGCCAGAGCUCAAGGUGAUUUAUGGAACGCGAAAAGGUUGUGCGGUGUAGCCCAGCGCCAUUCGGGUCCAGCAAGUUGUUUUAAGUUGCUCCGGCACCCGCUUACCGGCCCGAAUAAAAGCGGUUUGUUCGAGUCGUAAGUCGUAGUCCAGUGUGAAUAAUUCCAGAGAGCGGCGAGCCCGGCUAACAAAGAAUCGAGAUCCCGAGUCACCUUUGUGCACACGUCAGUGACAAAACUGUUAUUAAAAUUGUUAAGAACGUUGAAUCAAGGAUUCUAAGUUUAAGUAUUUUCUAUAAACUUAGUAAUAGUAUAUGGAUGCAAUUACUAUUUUCAUUACUAAUUCGUAUCUAAUGAAAGGGAACAUAAUAUUUGAACGGCCUCUAUGGCAUUUUAGCUGUCAGAAAACAAUGCUGAUCCAAACAAGACGUGAUUUUAUCGAAAUAUUCUUGCUAUUUGAGUAAUGGCGUCAAGCAUAUAUCACGUACGCGAGAUAAAUCAGAAAUCACUGUGCUGUUCCAAGUUUGAUGUUAAAUGGGAUACACAUUCGUCAGUAAUUUGUGUAAAAAUACGAGGGAAUUUUCGAGGAGUUGGUGCUUGGUAAAAAAAAAAAAAGUUCACCUAUUGCAACUUGUUUUUGUCCCUAAGUUCUACUUGUACGAUAACACUGAUGAUUAUUGGGAGCUCCUAUACAAUCAUGCUUGCAUCGAAACGUCUUUCGAUCGAGAGAUAAAUAAUCUUCAAAAUAUGAGUGUUGUGACAGUUGAUUAAAAUUGUAAUUUGCUUUUAGGCUUUGAAAGUUACCUCGUAUUUGUCAGGAUUCCGAUAUUUCGUUCUCUCCUAAUCUAAGUAGCCAAAGUAUUCAUUGCAUUAGUUUUGAAAAUAUUUUGCAUUAUAGUUCGGUACAGAGAAUAUUACUGUUAAUAUGGCCAAUAGGUUAUCUUCAUUUUUUAUUUUAUCCUUUAUAUCUUUAUCCUAUAAAUACUAUAGCCGAAUUGUAUAAUUCCAAACUUCUUAUCAUGAUUAUUUGGCAACUAUAAAGAAAAAAUAUUGGCAACAAGUAAAUUAACAUUAAAUUGACAGCUGACACGUGGCCUUUUCCUAAAUGGCGCAUAAAAUCCUAAGGAUAUUAAGAAAAAGAUUAUGGGAAAUAAAACACCUCGUUCAAUACUUAGAGAAUGUCAACGGAUUAUCAGUAACGGGUGACAAUUAUGACAUCAAGAGCUGGAGGUAACAAUGUCAACACCUCAAUGGCAAAAUAAUAUUUUAAAUCUGACGCUUCUGAAUUUCCAAGGUGAAACAUUGUGCACACGUUGUAACACAGCAUCUUAGCUUCAGUAAGCAAUAUCGGAUAGAGGUGGGAUGAAACGACUAUCCCAUAACAAUUGAGCUAACGUUUUUUUCUGGAUACGGCCAAAGUGCCUACCAUAAUGUUUUAACCUUUUAACCCUGCUGAAUGGUAAAAUUGUGCCAACAGUUAGCGAAUUAUUGAAGUGAUUAAAAAGAUGAAUGAAAAUUCUAGUAAUGUGCCAAUGAGCCAACAGCUACUUCUUGUUGUUGAUUUUGUUUUUGUUUUUGUCUUUUUAUUUUUAAAUUCAUCUUCUACUAAAAUUAUCGGUGAACAGAUAUUUUAAGACUUUGAAAAGGUUUUUUGUUACUACAUAGUAUAAUCUUUAAGUGGCAAAUUCGGCAUUAAAUUGAAUGACUACUAAAGUUAGAAAAACAGUGCAAUACACUGAAAUCUAGAAUCCGAUAGAGAGUUAACUGUCAAAUUGAACUAACGUCACGUUGCAGUUCCUAAAAUUACGGAGAUUUCCCCAUCUGUAUUUAUUUAUAUAUUAUAUUUUAAUUCAUGUAAGCAUCGUACGAUUUUCUACAUUAACAAAACGGACAACUUCGUGAUUUCUAUGACUUUUACUUUACACUUCACUAAGUUGAUCAGACUAUUAUAAAUAUGCAUUUCAUAUUGCAAAAGAUGUAUUAUACGUAGUACCAUAUAUAUAUAUAUAUACAUAUAUAUACCAUACCUUACGAUUAGACUAAACUUUUUUCAUGUAUGGACAUGGUUGCUAUCGAUUUACGUUUUAUCAUACAUACAUAUUUAUCGUACAUUUCGAAUGGCUGGUUGAUCUGGCAACUGAACAAGGAUGCUGCGAAAUCGGCUUCCUAAUAUUAUUUAUCAAAAUAGAUUGACUCUUUAUCAAGAAAAUGGUCGUACAAUCUUGAAUCAAUUAUUGGGAUUUCUACCAUGAGUACUUACUGAUGAAAUUAAUUUUCUUAUUUCUCAGCUUGAUUUUAACACGAUAACGUUCUUCCAAUCACUCGCUAAUAAAACCAAUGAAUAUGUCGGUAUCACUGGUUUGUAUUUCUUGCAAAGACUUUUGAAGUUGAAAUGAGUGGGCAUAUUCAUCACUGAGCUCGUUUCAAUCUAAAACUAAAUCAUGGCAAUAAAAUUAGGUAUAAAUUAGCUGUGUCCGAUAAUUUGUACUGCUGAAAUGUGCGACUCAGUGGCACAGUUUUGCUCUAACAGAUACAAAUAUUGGAACUUUUGGUUGAAAUAGAUUUUUUGAAAAUUCAUGUAUACGAUCGGUCAAAAAUAUCAGAGAAAUGAUUAUAGUCAAGCUAUUUUCAAGAUUUUUUAAGAUCGAAGAAUAUUGAAAAAAUUUCUUUCACAUUCCUAUUUCAAUAUUUCACAUAAGUAUGUCAAGCUUUCUUUAAAUUAUAUUUCAAGUGAUUGCCGUUUACUUUUGCACAAAGUUCACCGAACGAAUCUGUACAGAACCAGUUUUUUUUUUAUCACUCGUUUUUGCAAUAAAAAAAUCAUGUAUAGACACUUCGGCAGGAUCUGAGAUGAAAAGAAUAUUAUGAAGCAGAAGCUAGCAGCCAGAAUUAACAGCCAAACGUGUUAAACUUUUUGGAAAUAGAAAAAUGCACUUCAGUUUCAUCCUCAUAAUUCUAUAAAAGUAUCGGAGGUUUAAGGUAUUUCACAUAAUCUUGAUUUUCGGAAUUCACUACCUCGUUCGAAUGAAUAUUGGAACAUUUGGCUACUAGCUUCAGUAACAUAAUAAUAUUAUAUAAUAUAUAAUAUUUGUCGUGCUUAAAAUAUAUAUCAAGUGCAGUAGAACUACGUUUUAUAGUAGGCUUAGUUUUUUACAGUAUUGCCUCCAAAUUUUUUAUACGAUAUCAAUUCUUUAAGUAUAGACAUAAAGACGUAUAAAAACUUUUAAAUGCAAAAGCAAUGAAAUUAUAAUUCGUACUAUGAUUCUUCUUUCGUUAUAAUCAACAUAUUAUGUACAUAAAAUGUGUGGUUUUGACCGGCCACAAAAUCUCAAUCGAUGCAUUUCCAAUUGUUGUCAACUAAUUUUUGUUCGUUUUUUUCUUGAUAUUACUUGUAUCACUUGAGAAAUUCAAAGUUUUAGUUCUUUUAGUGUAUUUCUUACUUUUUUGUUUCUGUCAAAGGUUCUGUUGGAAAGCCAUAUUUGCAAUUGGAAUUGUAUUUCUAAAAUAUCCGCAUCUACUAAUAUAAAAGGUAGACUCCUGCAAAUCUAAGGAAAUUUUGUACAAUGUUUUUCGAUAAAUUUUCAAAAAAGCAUUUCGACAAUCUGAGUAUAAAAUAGAAAUAUCUGUUCCUAAGUUUAUUGAAAAAUGCACUAAAUACACGCAUCAUUGCUUCGGUCAACGCACGCCAAGUUGGCUUGGUCAAUUCGAGCUUGCCGUUCAUUAAACAACUGCUUACCUGUAAUUCAUCAAUUAAUCCGACGUAUGCUAAAGGGUAAAUCAAACUAACGAAUAUAUGGCCACCUAAUCUUAACUAUAAGAGUCAAUUUAUUUCAGAUCUUGCAGUAUUCUUGCAAUGUUACGCGACACGGUGCCAUAACUGUACACAUAUUGAACAUACACAUAUAUUUAUAUUUAUACAUGCAUGUACGAAUUUAUGUAUGUAUGUAUGUAUGUAUGUACAUGUAUAUGUAUGUACAUAUACCGAAUAUGUAUCUACGAUCCAAUGUAAUGUUAGGAAAGGUACUUACGUCUCUAUUGUCACUAUGCUAAAUAAUGUGCUUUCAAUAAGUUAUAACCUAUUGAAAUUAUUAUCGUUGCUACGACACACCUGCACAGUAUAUACAUAUAUAUAUUAUACAUGAAUAGUUGUAAUCUUGGUGCGAAAUCACAGAACAAUUGCGUAAAUCAUUCCGUAGUAUUUAUACAAGGUAAUUACCUUUCGUAAGAAAAUAGGUAAUAAUUCGAAUAUACCUAGUUUUUACCAUUUGACUAGAAGAAACCUAGUUUUUAAGUAUGUCAUAAUUUUACCUCAGUUCAUUUCAAUAAUGCUACGGGGAAACCCUUUGUGACAACACAUAGGUGUGAUUCUUUUGUGGUAAGCCAAAAAUAAGUGUAAAUAUAUUUAGUUUAUUUUGUAUAUCUAUAAAAUCGGAUUUCAAUUAUUCUUUUUAUCAUUAUUUUUAUUAUUAUGAUUUUUUUUCCUGUUUCAUAAAAUUUCAUACAUGAUUAUAUACAUAUAUAGUCAAUGUACACAAUAAGCAUGUAUGAGUUUGCAGUUGAAUCAUGAAAGAAACAAACGAAAAAGGUUAAUCUUAAAAAGAAAAUUUUAAAUGCGCUUAAGUAAUCUAAAAUUUAAUAUAUAGUACUACACUGAUUAGUAGAUACGAGAGUAAAUAUAUAUUGUAUAUUGUAUGUAUAUCACUGCCUCAGUGUCAAAGUUAAACAGCUUUAAUUUAAAAUAAAAAAAAAAAAAAAACGAGAAGAGUAAAACAAAACUUACUAUUUCAGAGCUUUAAUACAGUUAGUUAGAA